AUGGGUACUUCCGAUUAUUCAAACCCGGAGUCUCUGGAUGUUCUAACGACGACAAUGAAUCAAACGUUGAUUGAAGCUGGGCGGUUCUUCAACUCCAGAGGCUCGUCGCAGUCCAGCGCCCAGCUGAAACGGGCUAUUCCCGCUGCUCAGGAGCAGUUUCAGUCCGCGCUGGACAACCUGUCUGAACAAAUAUUUAUCGCCAAAGCGUUUCUGGAGAGGGAUUACGAUGUAGUCAAGGUUAGAAAAGCUGCCCUCCAAAAACCCAUCGAGGAUGUUGUUAUGAAAGAACCAGUCGUCAAGCAAGAGCCGGAGGUUGCGCCACAGCCCCAAGAAUCUGCAGUGGGUGAAAACCAGACUGAAACCAAACCGGCACCGAACGACGCUUCGGCACAACCACAGUCGAGCGCAGAAGUCUCCCAACCGGCCCCGACUCAAACUCCCGUCAAAACAGAGAAGCCCGAUGAGCCGAAAUCUGCAGCUCCAGACCAAAACAUCCCUACAGAGAUCAACUUCGACUCCGUGCUGGAUGAUUCCGGGGGCGGGGCGAAUGAAUUUGAUCUUAACUUGGAUUUCGGGGACGAUGACCUUGGAAACGACAACUUCCUCGCCGGAUCCAAUAUCGACAGUACGAAUGCUGGCGUCACCGACCAGGGGAAAGGAAAUAAUCUCCCUGGCAACGAAACGACCGACUUGCCCGGAACCGAUAACCAGAAUGCCAACCUCCCAGCGGGCGGGGACGCGUUCGACCUGGAAUUACAAAAGGCCGAGGCACUUUCGGGCACCAACAGCGCUCAAGAUGGCAUGUUCGGUGGCGGUACGGACGACAUGAUGGUGCCUGGAGAAUCCAGCUUCGACGAUCUGUUUAUGGAAAGCGAGAACUUUGGGGGCGAGGGAGGUGGGGACCCCGGUCUGCUGGAAGGGGAUGGACUGAUGAACAUCAACGAGAUUGACGAUAACUGGUUUACUUGA